UUGUUCCGGAGCGCAGCGGAGGCGGGGCCUGCUGACGUCAUCAAACUCUACUCCCACGAAGGUCACCUGGUGAACACGGGCCCUGACCUCACGCCCAACAGCCCGGCCACUCCGUACCGGCUCCAUCUUGUUUGCGACGCCAUGCAACGGGAAUAAAAUUAGCAAGUUGGGGAUUGAUCUGAUGGACUUGGAACAAAGGUUGUGUGAGGUGGAGCGCACGGUGGCCACGUUCAAGGCAGACCUCCCUCCCGUUGUGGACGAACUCAGGCGCGCUGUCGACAACUUCAGGAUGAAGCUGCAGACCACGGAGCACCUCUCGUGGCUCGGAUUCUACAAGGAGGGAAUCCCGGAGCCACGUGGGUCACAGAUCAACUCACACCCGUACUGGAAGCACGUGCAGUACCGGCGGAAGGUGGAGGACGAACUCACCACCGUCUUCACCAAGUUCCGGGAGAUAUGUGACGCUGUGAUAGAGGAGGACACGAAGGAGGUCCUCCGGCUGCCGUCCUUCAACAACUGGGCGUGGGAAGACUGGGAGAUCCUCCUGCUCCUGCAACAUAUGUACAAUGACCUUGGCCUCACUACUCACUUCGGCAUUGAGAAGGAAGUCCUGCGUAACUUCCUGUGUCGAGUUUACUACUGCUACAAUGAGGUUCCUUUCCAUAACUUCCAGCAUGCUUUCUGCGUCACGCAAAUGAUGUACGGGAUGGUGUGGAAGUGUGACCUCAUAAAGAGAAUUGGUCUCCUGGAUGUCCUCAUUCUGUUGACGUCGUGUAUUUGCCACGACUUAGACCAUCCUGGAUUUAAUAACAUAUAUCAGAUCAACGCCAAGACAGAGCUGGCACUGAGGUACAAUGACAUAUCACCGCUGGAGAACCAUCACUGCUCGAUCGCCUUCACUGUCUUGGAGCGGGAGGACUGCAACAUCUUCAG